AUGGAGAAGAUCGAGGGGGCGGCCGUGGGCCGCUGCGCAGACUCGCCGUACCUGCGGCCGCUCACGCUGCACUACCGCCAGAAUGGCACCCAGAAGUCAUGGGACUUCAUGAAGACACAUGACAGUGUGGCCAUCCUCAUGUUCAAUGUGACCAGAAGGACCCUGGUGCUGGUGAAGCAGUUUCGGCCAGCUGUGUAUGCAGGUGAAGUGGAACGCUGCUUCCCGGGGUCCCUGGCUGUUGGUGACAAGGACACACCCCAGGGGCUGCAGCCAGCCUUGCCUGGCUCAGUGGGGGUGACAUACGAGCUGUGUGCGGGCCUGGUGGACCAGCUCGGGCUCUCGCUGGAGGAGGUGGCCUGUAAGGAGGCCUGGGAAGAGUGUGGCUACCAGCUGGCCCCCUCUGACCUGCGCCGAAUUGCCACGUACAGGUCUGGUGUGGGGCUGACCAGCUCCAAGCAGACCAUGUUCUAUGCAGAGGUGACUGAUGCCCAGCAUGGUGGCCCAGGCGGGGGCCUGGUAGAAGAGGGUGAGAUCAUAGACGUCGUACACCUGCCUCUGGACAGCGCCCAGGCCUUCGCAGAUGACCCAGAUGUCCCUAAGACCCUCGGUGUCAUCUUUGGUAUCUCCUGGCUUCUCAACCGAUGUGACCUGGACGGCGAGGACAAUAGGUCUUGCUUAGAUGGGCCUGAGGAGGAGGCCCCGACACCCGGAUGCCAGCCUGGCUGUCCACCGCCAGCGCCCAGGCCAGCGCCCAGGCGGACGCACCCCGGGCGCACAGGAGCAUUAGCGGACCGGCUGGGAGGGGGCGUGGGCGGCCAGCAGCGCCCCCUGCGGCUGUCAUGGCGGCGGCACGGGCGGCGCGGGCGCCGCGAUGGGGGCGCGCAGUGGGGGCUGGGCCCAGCUCGGGUCCGUGGCCGCGCCAUCCUGCCGGGGGACUGGCGUUCCGAUUUGCGAGGGAGGCGACAGCCCUUCGAGGACAGUUGCGAGCGCGGCGGUGGCGCACUGAUGUUGGAGCGCGCGGCGGACAUCUCCGGGUCACCCCACCCCCGGCUUCGGACCCCGUGCAGCUUGGAGCAGAGGUGCCGAGCGCACCCGGUGGCCAGGCGCCGUGGCUCAGUCCAGCCGGCUGCCCGCGCUGACCCCUGGGAGGAGGCGCGGGCGGCGCGCGCCCAACCGGGCGCUGGGAGGCGGCGCCCUCCGCCGCCUUUAAAGCCCCGGGAGCCCCCGGCACCCCCCCACCCGCGGCGCGGCCCCGCCCCCUCAUGCAUAUGCAGGUACGCGGCCCGCUGCCGCCGCGACCCCGGCCCGCGCCUCCCGCCGCUCCCGCUGCCUUAUUUUUAG